GUACCUGUUCAGGUGGACCAGGACGACUCGUUAGAAGAACCAUCAUGGCACUCCAAUGGGUGAAGCCGUGGAUCGCUCUCGUCUUCGGACUAUCUGCUGCACAUUCUGAGACUGUUAUGAUUCCAGAUAUGACUUCCAUUGGGAGUCUAUAUGAUUCCAAACUGCAAAUCUUAUCAGCAGGAGUGAGUCCCACUCAUAACGGGCAGGUCUGCAGCACAUGGGGUAACUACCACUACAAAACCUACGAUGGAGACUUCUUCCAGCUGCCCUACACCUGUAACUACGUGCUGUCGUCGUUGUGUAAGAGCAGCAGCGGCUACGAGGCCUUUAACAUUCAGUUGCAGCGCGGGGAGGUAGAUGGGCUGCCCACCAUCACCAAGGUUUCUUUGAAGCUGGAUGGAACCUUCGUGGAGCUGGCCAAUGGUAACGUCAGCGUCAACGGAUUACAUUCCUCUAACACUGAUGUUCCCACUCUUAUCCCAACAGUGGAGCUGGACUCAAAGUUCCAGAAUCAGACUUGUGGGCUGUGUGGAGACUUCAACGGAGUCCAGAUUUACGACGAGUUCAUUAGGAAUGGUACCAACUGUCCCCAGCAAACCAACGAGACUGCUUUCACAGUCCUGGGUGACAUAGUGAAAUGUGGGAAGACGGACAUUGAGACCUGCCUAAGAUCUGUAACCCUGGUGACUCCAGAGUCCAUGAUGAUCGUCAUUGAGGCCAGUGGAAGGGUCUUUGUCAACAAGAUGUUUUCUCAGUUGCCGCUUUUCAUGGCGGAUGUAAGAAUCUUUCAGCCCUCUACGUUCUACAUCGUUGUGCAUACCUCUUAUGGGCUCCGUCUAGAGGUGCAGCUAACACCUAUAAUGCAGGUCUACAUCGUAGCUAGCAGUUCACACAAAGACAAAACACAGGGUCUUUGUGGAGACUUUAACAGCAUCCAAGCUGACGACUUCAGAACCAUCAAUGGACUGGUGGAAGGAACCGCUGUAACAUUCGCCGACACGUGGAAGAACAAAGCAGGCUGUCCUGAUGUGGCACAGAGCUUUGAGAUCCCAUGCAGUCUGAGUGUAGAGAACGAGAGAUAUGCCAAGCACUGGUGCUCGAUGCUGUCAGAUCGUGAAGGAAUAUUUUCCCAAUGCCACACUGAGGUCAACCCAAAUUACUACAAGGAUAUCUGCCUAUAUGACAGCUGUAACUGUGAGAGGAGUGAGGAGUGCAUGUGUGCUGCGAUCUCCUCCUACGUCCAUGCAUGUGCUGCUGUAGGCGUCCUGCUCAGUGGAUGGAGAAACACCACCUGUGGGAAGUACUCCUCUAGCUGCCCUGACACGAUGGUCUAUGACUACACCAUGACCAGCUGUGACCGCACCUGUCGUUCACUGAGCCAGACAGACUUUACCUGCCAG